UAUACUUCCUGUCAGCCAUAACAUGCCGUUCAAAUUUCUGUUGAUUUAGUGUGGUGCACCCAGUGUACACAUGUAAAUACUGUGUAGUGUCGGCAGUGGCGAUUCAUGAAGUUGGAGCACAAAGGAUAUGUUGUUUAACUAUGUAGAGUGUUUAAGGAGAAGAGAAAGGAAGAAGAUCAGACAGAGAAGAGCGGUAUGUUGAGAAAGAUGUUUGCAUCAUGAAAAGAGGAUUUCUAUGCAAAGAUGUCAUUUCCUGAUUUAAAACUAAAAAGAGCUCCCUUGAGAGUUCUAAAAAAUCCUUCAAGGUAGCUGUGAAAGAGAUUCUUUUGUUUUCCGGAAGAUAUAUUCACCAACAAUAAUUAUCCUACUUAAUUUAGGUCUUCAAAGUGGGAAAAUAGCAGCUUGAUGGAAGGCAAAAUGAUUCUUACAGAAGAACCAAUCCACCACUGUGAAAUUUGUAGUAAAAACUUUCUAAGCUCUUGGCACUUGAAUAAGCACAAGCAAUCCCACACUGAUGCAAAACCACACCACUGUGGAGUGUGUGGCAAGUCGUUCACAUUUAAUUGCAACUUGCGAAAGCAUAAAAUGAUCCAUACUGGAGAAAAGCCAUUCAGCUGUGAAAUAUGUGGUAAAGUGUUCACAAACAAAGGUGAUGUAUCCAGACAUAAAGUUGUUCAUACAGGAGAAAGACCAUUCAAGUGUGAGAUUUGUAGUAAAAAAUUCUUACGUAAUUGGCAAUUGAAUGCACAUAAAGUUGCACAUAUGAGACAGAAACCAUACCGUUGCGAAAUUUGUGAUAAUACGUUUAUGUCUAAUACCAACUUAAAGAAACAUAAAAUGAUUCAUACUGGGGAAAAGCCAUUCACUUGUGAAGUCUGUGGAAAAGCAUUUAUAUCUAAUAGUAACUUACGUAUUCAUAGAAUGGUCCAUACAGGAGAACGUCCGUUCAACUGUGAAAUCUGUGGUAAAGCAUUCCCCAGAAGAGGUCAAAUAACACGGCAUAAAGUGGUUCACACAGGAGACAAACCUUACCAAUGUAUUAUUUGUAAUAAGAGGUUUUCAUCCAAUAGUAGUUUAGCCAUCCAUAAAAUAAUUCAUACAGAAGAUAGUCAAUUUCGCUGUGAUGUUUGUGGUAAAGCAUUCUCUAGAAAAAGUGAUGUCACUCGACAUAAAAUGGUUCACACUGGAGAAAAGCCAUAUCACUGUGAAACAUGUGGUAAAACAUUCUCAUGUAAAGGUAAUUUAAGAAAACACCAAAUGGUUCACACAGGAGAGAAACCAUACCACUGUGAUAUUUGUGGUAAAACGUUUGCGAGUAAUGGUCAUCUAACGAAACAUAAAGUGGUUCACACAGGAGAGAAACCAUACCACUGUGCGGUUUGUGGUAAAUCAUUCUCACAGAGUGGUUAUUUACGUUUACAUAAAGUGAUUCAUACGGGAGAGAAACCAUUUGACUGUGAUAUCUGUGAUAAGACAUUUGCUAGAAAGAGUGAAGUAAUUAGUCAUAAAGUCAUUCACAGUGGAGAGAGACCUUUUCAGUGUGAUAUCUGUGGGAAAACCUUUGCUCGGAAGAAUACUGUAAGGAUCCAUAAAGUUGUUCACACAGGGGAGAAACCAUUCGACUGUGAUAUCUGUGGGAAAGCAUUUUCAAACAAAGGUCUGGUGACAAAACACAAACUGAUUCAUACUAAACAGAAAUCCUUGUUAUGAGCCUUUGUUUGAACAUUGUCACACAAUAGUGAUAGAAGGGUCUCUUAAAUCAUUCAUACAUUAGAGAAAAUAUAACGUGAUAAAGUUUGGGGUUAUGUAGUAGACUUAAUGGUGUUCUUUAGUUCCUAAUCAACCUUUGAUUUAGUAAAUGUAUCAUCAAAAAUAUUCCAAUCAUACCCAUCUCAUCUUUUUAGAGUUAUCUUGGACUACAUUAUAUAUAAUGUGUCCAAUAUUUAUGAUGGUGGAGUUUAAUUUGAGGGAAAUUUGGCUGCAAUUUCAAGCAGUUGUGCAACCAGAUGGAGGCUCUAAUAGUUGAUACAUGUGUACAGUCAUAUAUCUAUAGUAAAGUUUGGAAUUCUAAUUCAACUAGUUUGUACUGAAGAGUAUAUCUUGAAAUGUGUGUAGGAAUGAAACAUAGGAUAUUUGAUAUUUUAUCAGCAAUGGACCAACAUGAAAUAGAAAAAUCCAUAGCAUGGUUAAGUUCCUAGAAAAACAUUCCCUUGAAAUGUUCUCUUCGGAGCAAACAUAGUUCUAGAUAUGCUGGAGAGAAAGACUCCUAUUAAGAACUUUGUUGUCGUUUAACAUCCGCUUUCACUGCUGGCAUGGGUUGGAUGGUUUGACUGAGGACUGGCAAGCUGGGAGGCUGCACCAAAUCCAAUCUGAUUUGGCCAAGUUUCUACAGCUGAAUGCCCUUC